CGUCAUGAAGCACGGUUAAAACAAUGCUUAUGAACCGCGAAGCCCCUUGCUGCUCUGCAGGAGUUUACGCAGACAAUCACUCGGUACGACUCUGCCUCCACAUGACCUGCCACUGCAUGGGCAUCGCAGUAGACGGCACCAGGUAGCGAGGUUGAGAUCCACGUGUCGGGGCAGAUCGACAUCUACACGCCUCACAACCUCGUCACUUGGCAGCCUCUGGCCGCCUGCAAGCAAUCACCAUGAAGUUCUUCAUAGAUGAUCUUCCUGUGCUCUUUCCUUAUCCGCGGAUUUAUCCCGAGCAGUAUGCCUACAUGUGUGAUCUCAAGCAGACCCUCGAUGCAGGCGGGCACUGCGUCCUGGAGAUGCCUUCGGGAACCGGAAAGACAGUCUCGCUCCUGUCACUCAUUGUGGCGUAUCAGCAGCACUACCCAGAGCACAGGAAGCUUAUCUACUGCUCCAGAACCAUGUCCGAAAUCGAGAAGGCUCUUGCCGAACUCAGGGAGCUCGUAAAGUUCCGCGCAAAGGAACUUGGCCGGACCGAGGAGUUUCGUGGACUUGGUCUGACAAGUCGCAAGAACCUCUGCCUUCAUCCAUCGGUCAAGAGGGAGAAGAGCGGAUCUGUUGUUGAUGCGCGAUGUCGGAGCCUCACGGCUGGCUUCGUCAAGGAAAAGAAGGAAAAGGGCGAGAACGUCGAAGUGUGUGUCUACCAUGACAAUCUGGACCUCUUAGAACCCCACAACCUCAUCCCUAACGGGGUAUGGACAUUUGAUGAUCUGCUCAAGUAUGGCGAGAGUCACAAGCAAUGCCCGUACUUCACGGCACGGAGAAUGAUGCAAUACUGCAAUGUAAUCAUUUACUCGUACCACUAUCUCCUCGAUCCUAAGAUCGCCGAGCGGGUAUCGAAAGACUUCUCGAAAGACUGCAUCGUAGUCUUUGAUGAGGCUCACAACAUCGACAACGUCUGUAUCGAGUCUCUUAGCACAGAUAUCACAGAGGACUCGCUCCGGAAAGCCACCAAAGGUGCACAGAACUUGGAUCGAAAGAUCCGAGAGAUGAAGGAGACCGACCGAGAACAGCUCGAGAACGAGUAUCAGAAACUUGUAGAGGGCCUCCGCGAUGCAAGCGAUGCUCGGCAAGAAGAUGCUUUCAUGGCUAAUCCAGCACUGCCAGAUGACCUGCUCAAAGAAGCCGUUCCAGGGAAUAUCCGCAGAGCUGAGCACUUUACAAGCUUCCUCACACGCUUCAUAGAGUACCUCAAGACGCGCAUGAAAGUCCGACAGGUCAUUUCAGAGACUCCGCCAUCCUUUCUUGCGCAUCUGAAAGAGCACACCUUCAUUGAAAAGAAGCCCUUGAGAUUCUGCGCGGAGCGACUGACGUCGCUUGUCCGAACUCUAGAGCUAACAAACAUAGAAGACUAUCAGCCUCUGCAGGAGGUUGCAACGUUCGCAACACUUGUCGCAACUUACGAGAAAGGCUUCCUGCUCAUUCUCGAACCAUUCGAGUCAGACACUGCAGAAGUUCCCAAUCCCGUUCUGCACUUCACUUGUCUCGAUGCGGCAAUCGCCAUCAAACCCGUGUUUGACCGCUUCAGCUCGGUCAUCAUUACCUCCGGCACUCUGUCUCCGCUCGAGAUGUAUCCGAAGAUGCUAGGAUUCUCGACAGUGGUGCAGGAGUCUUACACCAUGACUCUGGCUAGAAGAUCUUUUCUCCCUAUGAUCGUCACCCGAGGGAGUGACCAAGCCAACAUCUCGACCAGUUUUCAAGUCAGAAAUGAGCCAAGUGUGGUUCGCAACUACGGCAACUUGUUGACCGAGUUUGCGCGUGUCACCCCUGAUGGCAUGGUCGUCUUUUUCCCAUCGUACCUUUACAUGGAGUCAAUCAUCAGCAUGUGGCAGGGCAUGGGCAUUCUAGACGAGGUCUGGCAGUACAAGCUCAUCCUCGUUGAGACGCCUGACGCGCAAGAGACAUCUCUCGCGCUUGAGACGUACCGCACCGCCUGCUGCAAUGGCCGAGGUGCCAUCCUGCUGUGUGUUGCGCGUGGCAAGGUCUCUGAAGGCAUAGAUUUCGAUCACCAGUACGGUCGGACGGUUCUUUGCAUAGGCGUGCCAUUCCAGUACACGGAGUCACGGAUCCUGAAGGCUCGCCUCGAGUUCUUGCGCGAGACAUAUCGCAUUCGGGAGAACGACUUCCUUUCGUUCGACGCAAUGCGUCAUGCAGCGCAGUGCCUGGGUCGUGUACUGCGUGGCAAGGACGACUACGGAAUCAUGGUACUUGCCGAUAGACGAUUCCAGAAGAAGAAGACGCAGCUCCCCAAGUGGAUCGCACAAGCCAUGCAAGAGGUUGACGGUAAUCUCAGCACGGACAUGGCAAUAAUCGCAGCCAAGCGUUUCUUGCGAGACAUGGCUCGUCCUGUGCGUGCAAAGGACCAGGAGGGCAUCAGUACAUGGAGUCUGGACGACCUGCGUGCACAUCAGAAGAAGCUCGACGAGGAGCGCAUCCGCGAACUGCAGGACGGGAUGGUCCGCGAGGAUGCCAUGAUGGAGGCGUUGCGCAGGGCACAGGAGAAUCAGCCGUAUGAUAUGGACUACGAUAUGGACGACGACGAACUCGAGGAGGGCAUGAUGGAAUUGGAUGGCCACUAGUUGCAUGCACAGUUUGGACAAAGCCGGCCACAAAUGGGUAAGCUGUAUUGUGAGCACAAGUGUGUGUCGAUAGAAUGCAUGGCCUCGCCAUCUCAGAGUCUCUUCUGUCACACCUCUCGAGCACGACAUUAUUCUCCUAUGGUGAACCGACGAGCUAGGCAGCUAUGCUACAAAUGAGCAAGAUGAGACCUGCGUGCACCUUGUGAAACUUGAGGAUAGUUGAGAUGGAGCCGGAAU